UGACUGGAGACUCAGAGCACUCUUUUACCUCGCACUCACUGCCUUGGGAAAAUGCAAGGAAGAACUCUGAUCCUGCUUAUAUUUUCCACAAAUGUUUGUGCGACUGUUUUUCCCAAGAGAAAUAAAGUUCUGUUCCCAUCUGCCCAAAGGCUGAAACGCCAUGAUCGAGCCAUUCCUGUUAAUACUGGCUUCCAUCAUUCGGAGGAGGAGAUGCAGCUGCUUUAUGAGUUUCUUUUGGGUGGUUUUAACAUAGAUGACAACUUCCAUUGCUCCCUCAAAGACAAAGAACUUGCAUCAAUGAGAGCAGCAAAGAAGUUUAACACGAUUUUCAACGACAUUAUUCCCAAGAACAUCACUGAAAUCCGGAGACUUACAGAUAGAAUAUCCAGGAACACUGGAGAGCUCAAGCCGGAGGACUUUGAACGGAUUGUGCUGACCUUAGUGUACACAUCUUACCAGGCCUUAAGGUUUCAGGGACAUCAAAAGGAUACCUGGGUGGAAUCACUUGUGAACAUUUUUCAGAUUUUAAAACAGGAUCUGACCAUGAAAUGAUCUUAGUCUGCCGAGCAUGGAAUGCAAAUAUUCUUUUAAGAGUUUGAUUCUUUGAAUACUUAACCUUCUUCUACCCAUUUUCAUUUUCAGAUAGCUUCUCCGAUUUCCAGAACAUGUAAUAAUAAUAAUAAUCCUUGGAUUU